GGAAAAGGACCACGCGCAAACUCCGUUCGGACCAGCCCAUCUACCAGCGGGCCCUCCUUCCCACUUCGCCGGCGUUGGCGAGCUGCUCGUCGGCGGGCGGCGGACGGCGGCGGCGCUCCGGUGGUGGGCGCCCUAGUAGGCUAGUGCUCUGCCUCCAACUCCCCUGAUUUGGCAGCGAUUGAUGCCGUCCGCCAUGAAGCCGAGCUCGGCCGGCGGUGGCAAGUGGCCGCAAUAGCCCUGGCUGGAUCUGGAGACGUCGGCAACAAUGGCGGCGCCGGACGGCGAUGCCACUCCUCCGUCCUGCUCGUCUAAUUGGCGAUCCAAAGGUCAUUUUGUCUAGUAUGCAGACUGUUCAACUAAAAAUACACGUGCUUGUGAAACUUGACCAGAGAUCUAUGGUGCUGAACUAAACUUGUAGAAUUUCCUUUGCUGCUGUCGUCGUCUCAGCUAUGUGGUCAAUCUUCGACGGUUAUAUUAAUCCAAACCGCAGGGAAAAAUACAAACUUGAAUUCAAACAGUUUACAUUCAAAAGCAUAUCUAGGUUCAGACACAUUAAAAGAUUUUCAGACUACAAAGUUUCUCUCAGGUCCCAGAUCUUGUUGAUCCGUUGAGUAAUCCACAAAGUUAGAGACUACACAGUUUCACAUGGAGAUAUUUCUGUCUGCCAUUCUGGGUGAUCUUGCCAGUAGAUCCAUAUCAUUCCUGAUCAACAAGUGCUCGAAACCGACAGUGCUAACCGUGGAGGAGAAACUGCAACGGCUGCUGCUCCAGGCAUGUUUCAUCGUGGAGGAGUCAGAUGAACGGCUCAUCAUAAACCAAGCCAUGCUGCAGCAACUGAACAUACUAAGGAAGGAGAUGUACAGAGGUUAUUAUACCCUCGACAGCUUCAGAUGCCAUGGUCAUCAAGAAUAUAAUCCCAAAGAUCUUGAGGUGAGUAGCUCUUUUGCACCAUCGAUGUUCAAUCCUGCCAAGCGUGUCCGGUUCUGCAGGGUCACUGGCCAGAGUGUACAAGAGCAUCUGCUGCAACAAGUUUUUGGCAGACUUGAAGUCACCAUUGAAGAUAUGAGUGAAUUUGUUAUGUUCCUGAAUAGUUAUCCACGCUUUUGCCGUCAGCCAUAUAGCAUGCACUUGCUUUUAGACGAGUGCUUGUUCAGUCGCCAAAUGGAGAUGGAGCACAUCAUGAACUUCCUGCUGAAAGAGGAUACCACCGGUACUGAAAAUCCAGGUGUCCUGCCGAUCAUAGGUCCAGGAAAAGUUGGGAAGAGCACCCUGAUUGAACAUGCCUGUGACGACGAAAGGGUGCGUAACCACUUCUCUCAAAUUGUGCUUUUCAAUGACGACGAUCUUGAAGAUGCAAACAUAUUGACUCUUAGAGAUUCUGGUGUAAUCAAGCAUCAAAACCAUGCCACUGGUGGAAAAAGGAUACUAAUCAUUAUUGAACUAACCAGAGAUAUCAAUGAGGGUGCAUGGAGAAGAUUGUACUCAGCUUCAAAAAGUCAUGUUGCAAGUGGUAGCAAAAUUAUAGUCGCAAGCCGAUCUGAAAAGAUUGCAAGCUUUGGAACCACACAAGCUCUUAGAGUAAAAUUCUUUACUCAAGAAGCUUACUGGUACUUUUUCAAGGUUCGCACAUUUGGGAGCAUAAACGCAGUGGAGCACCCAAAGCUGGCAUCAGUAGCCAUGGAUAUUGCCAGGGAAUUGAAUGGUUGCUUCAUGGGUGCAAGCAUCUACAGUGGACUUCUGAAAGCAAAUAUCAACUUUCAGUUUUGGAGGAGGGCUCUGGCCAUAAUCAGAGAAUUCAAGAAGCUCAAUCUCUUACUCUACGGUGCAUAUUUUUUUGAUGAUCCUUGGCAGGCAGUUGAACCAUCAUAUAUUAGGACCGUAAACAAAAUUAACUCGGAAUAUCUUCUUGUUCUUGACGACUAUCAAAUAUGUUCUGCUCCGAACAUGAUUCAUUGUCACAAAAACUCUGCUCACAGUGAAGAUGAAGUUCCCAUGGUGAAUGUGAAAGAUUUUCUAUUUGGAAAUGUUAAACCUCAAGGAAAAUUCAAGGUUCUCGCCUGGAGAUCUCACCUUCCACCUCACUACAGUUACGUGUUCAACUGUGAGGUAAAGAGGUUACAUCAUAUGGUCACCAGAAAGAAGAGAUCUCAGAAGCUCUGUACCUGACCAUCUCAUUGUUCUCUGAAACUGAUGCAUAAUGUAAUUAUCUUAAAUUUUAAUAUAAAUCUGAGCAUUUGUGAAAUAGUUUGACCUACUGUCUGAGCAAAUGCGUAGUCCAAACUCGUAUGUAAAAUGUGCUAUUUGUAAGAGAUUGUCAAACUGAAGUCUAUCAGCAUCUACUAACAUUCUAUAUUUGAAAUCUGAACAUGUCAACAUUCGUGAGAUGAAAAUACAUUCAUUGCUUCUGGCAUGAACUAA